AUGACCAUCUCGCAACUCAAUCGUGCAACGCUCUGGACAUUUGCGCAGGGGAGCCUGAGCGCUUACCGGCGAGAUUUGCGACCAGAUCACUACAGUCAAGAGCAGCCAUGGGGGCUUGAGGUACCAUUACCUUUCAAGUCCACAGGCCAGGUCCCUAUCGUGCUUGCAACGGCCCUUUUUGUGCUCAAAUACCCCUUGACUCUGGUUCUGGUCUUCGAUUCAGCAGCGCCGCGUAUAUUCACGCCAUCGACGAUCCCUCGUCCCGCUACUCUCAGUGAAGGGCUGCAUAGUCACAACCGUUACGGCGCUUCAGUCAUCCUGGCUCACUGGACUUCUGAUGAGCCUGCCAUAUCGCAAGAGUGCGACUUGUCUGCUUAUCGAGGCCAUUCAACCCGAAAGUUCAAACUACAACCAUGUGCUCAACAGCGACUGUGGCGACGGUAUGCUGGUCACCCAGCCUCUGCGCAUGAGGAACCUGCUGCGCUUGCGGCACAGAACAUUUCGCCGGCUGUUACGGACUUGCUGCACAGGGCUGCGGAAGACGCGAGCGCUGGUGGUCAGCGCAUGAGGCGGUCACGACUGCCGGCGCACCAGGCAACUGUCGGCAAGGCAGCUAAAGCUGCGAAUAAGAUGGGUAAAAAGGCCCGUUGGUUUGACGUUCAGAUUGUACCCGGCCAUUGCACUUACGCGAUAGCCUCUGAUAGGCCUUUUGCCAAACGCCGAGCGCCAACCGAGCGCCCAAUCAACCCUACCAUCAGCUUGACUUUUCGGUUUGCGAUGGACAGGACUAACGGAAACCAAGUUGCACAGGAUGGGCAUACAGACAAUCAUACUAGUCUCAAACGCAAGGUCCCUCCAACACUUGACCCCAAUCUAAAAAAGUUUCUACCCAGCAAGAUGAAAUACCAGCGUUUUGAUGCCAUUAAUGAUCACGAUGAAGACCCUCUCCUAAGAGCCAAGCUUACAAGUAGAGAUGAAUCGGACCAAGCUGAAGAUGAAUACGCUGUAAUUGCCCAAAUUUGCGUUGAUGAAGACGACCUCAGUCAAGCCCUCAGCCGCCAAUCCACCAUAAGCGAUCUCAAUACAACGGAGCAGCUAGUAGUGGACAACCUAUAUGCACCUUCACAGUCUUCGCUCUCACGCCCUGCUGGAUUCUCCAAAAGAUCGCAGGGACUGAUACGUAGUGACACCAGGCUGUCUAUAGUUUCCUCAUCGUCUCAGCAUGAUGGGACUCUGCACGUGGACAACCAACCAGCGCAGGCUACACAAAACUGGCAACAGUCCAUGAUGCACCAACUGAACUCUAUUGUUGCGGCGCACAGAUCUAGUACAGAUCUCCAACCGACUCGCGAGAUGUUGUUGCCUGAACAAGAUACCGAGGUUGAUUUCAGUUUACUUCAAGCUCUCAAGCCCCCACCGAAACACCUUGACUUGCAGCAAUACGAACAUUUUCCGCAGCCCUCCUCGGUCACAAAGGGCAAAGGCGGAUCUGGAGGCGUUGAUCGCAGUACGCUCAAAGGCAAAGACCGUUAUACGCCUUCUGACCACCCGAGACCUCCAAUAGACGAUAAAGCGGAUUCUAGGAUUGGUGUGCACAAGUACGAUACAAGCACAGCUAUCUCAAGAUCCUCUGUGUCACCUCGUCAUGCUCCUGAUCACUUUGCUACGGACACAUCAACUCGGCCGAGUCGGAUUCCGCGUCCUGUCAAAACAGUCCAUGCCCCACAAAUGGUUGCGCGGGCCUAUCAGCUUGGCCAGCCCUCAACUCGUCGAUACGACGAUUCUGAAAUGACAAAUGCAAUCACAAACGAUGGUGGCGGUUCUCAGUUACCCUCUGAUCAGCUGCACCUUGAAGAACGUGUACCUCUUUAUUCUGCCCAAGAAUACACCGGAAAGAGUGGCCUCCUAUCCGGGCAACCGCACGCCUACGCUAAUCAGUCACCUCCACGCCAAUUAAUUGCGGCCCCUCUUGCCACACAAAGCAUAGCGAACGGCACUGAACGCCAGUCUCACCAGCCUGCUCCAUCCCAUGCUGCUUUGAAGCAACCAGCCAACACAAAGCGCACUUCUCAGGCCACUCAGUUGCACGCUACAAACACUGUGCCCUCUUCGGAAUUGCAAGCUGAUGCCGAUCACAUUGCUCAGAUGCUCGUACACGCCCCUAUAAAUCAUGUUCAGGCUACCUCUGACCAGCUCAACGGUACUGUCAUCCGGCCUCCUGACGGUCGCGGUCCAUUCCAACCAUCCGUCGGGGAUAAGAAUCAUCACGGCCUUGGAAAUCCUACUAUCACAGCUACAGACCAAACCCAUGCUAACGCUGCUUUUGCCGCCCUCAUUCUUGAUGGAGUCAGCAAGGCAACCAGCCAGUUGCAGACUUCUAAUGCGGACCUGCACACAGAUAUUGUACGCGCGCUUGCUCAGGUGGUCCAGGCAACAGAGGCGAUACUCAAGACUGGUAAGGGCUUGCCCCAGGAAAACGCCAAACGAAAAUCUGGCGGUAAGAAGACCAGCGUCCCCAAGGGUUUUGCACAACUACACGAGGAAGAUAUUGAUGAGUCCGACGAGGAAGACGAAAAUGACCCGGACGUAUUCAAGGCUCAUCCCAGCUGGAUUCCUCUCAAGAGAGCUGUUCGAAUGGUCUUCCGGAGAUUGCUUGGCGUAAACAACUACAAGCCCGAGCAGCUUCAGAGGCUCCCGUUGCCUUUGUCAUCGGCCGAAAUAGAAAACUUCGGCACCAGUAACUCGCUUGUGGAUUGUACCAUAACGUUUUAUCGCGUUGACCUCAGUCAGCCUUGGAAGACAUUCUGUCUCAAUUCGAUUGCCCGCAAGGUCUUCAUUGACCAUUUCAUGGCGUGCUGGACUGAUCGUGUCAUCAAGAAUAGGAACAUUCCUUUCGACUUCGUUACAAAUGAGAAAGUGGCCUGGGCGCUUGAUACUCACGUCAGCCACGUCAAGACUGUUUACAGAAAGUUUCGAAAUGGAGAACUUCCGGAGGCAUCAGAAAGUUCAGCAAAGCGCGCAGCUCAGGCAACCCGGAGGAGUACGGUAAGGUCUGAGAUCAAGCAGCACAUGUCGGAAACACUGAAAGCUUUCACUGGUAACAGCUGCUACGUACUCGACGUUCGAGUCCGUCGCAAUGUGAUGAGCGACGAUGAAACAGACCCUGAGACCCCUAGUGGAUCUAAGACGCCCAAGAACUUCCGUAUAAUCAGACUCGCAUGGCGUAGUGAGGAAUUCACAAUCUUCCUCCGUACUCUUGACGACCUCUACCUGGAUGACUGGCGUAACCCAAUUGAUCGACGCGCUACACCAGGCAACCCACCGCGCACACGGUUGGAAUCCGAUGGCUUUACUUUGAAGAACGUUCCAAAGGGGCUCUACCGUAACUGCUACGACGCGGACUACCUCGCAGGGUUGCAUGAAUGGGAGCGGGCCAUGUUGAAUAUCAUUGAGGAGGAUUAUGACUUUGAGAUUGCGAUAGAACGGUCAGCCGAGUAUAUUAAACAAGGUUGCCAUCUUUGGUUCAAAGAGAAAGACAUCUUGGGGGCCGCUAUGAGUGCAUGGCCGGAAAUGUACUGA